GAGCUAGCUGGUGAUCAUCAUGUCCUUUCCUAAGGCGCCCCUGAAGCGAUUCAAUGACCCUUAAGGUUGUGCACCAUCUCCAGGUGCUUAUGAUGUGAAAACUUCAGAAGUAUUGAAAGGACCAGUAUCCUUUCAGAAAUCACAAAGAUUUAAAAAACAAAAAGAAUCUCAACAAAAUCUUACUGUUGACAAAGAUACCACCUUGCCUGCUUCAGCAAGAAAAGUUAAGACUUUGGGAUUAAAGAAGGAAUCUCAAAAGAAUGAUAAAGACUUGAAGAUGUUGGAAAAAGAGAUUCGUGUCCUCCUGCAGGAGCGUGGUACUCAGGACAAGCGUCUCCAGGACCUGGAAGCUGAGCUGGAGAAGAUGGAAGCAAAGCUUAGUGCUGCAGUCAGGGAGAAAACGUCUCUCUCUGCAAGCAACACUACGCUGGAAAAGCAGCUUACUGAAUUAACCAGGACUAACGAGCUACUCAAAUCCAAGUUUUCUGAAGAUAGUAACCAGAAGAACCUGAGAAUUCUAAGCCUUGAGCUGAUGAAGCUUAGAAACAAAAGAGAAACUAAGAUGAGGAGUAUGAUGGCCAAACAACAAGGCAUGGAGGUGAAACUGCAGGCCACCCAGAAGAAUCUGGAAGAGUCUCAAGGGAAAGUGGCACAGCUCGAGGGGAAACUUGUUUCAAUACAGAAAGAAAAGAUUGAUGAAAAAUCUGAAACAGAAAAACUCUUGGAAUACAUUGAAGAAAUAAGUUGUGCCUCAGAUCAAGUGGAAAAAUACAAGUUAGACAUUGCCCAGUUAGAAGAAGAUUUGAAAGAGAAGAAUUAUGAAGUUUUAAGCCUUAAGCAGUCUCUUGAAGAAAAUAUUGUUAUGUUGUCUGAACAAGUAAAAGACCUGAAUGCUAAAUGUCAGCUGCUUGAAAAAGAAAAAGAAGAACUCAUCAGCAGGGACAGAGAACGGGAUGAACAUCUGAAUUCUGAAAUGCAAAACUUAAAAGAGAAGUUAAUUCUUGAAAAACAAGAACAUGAAAAAGAGUUACAACAAAAGGAGUUGCAAAUUGAUUCACUUCUGCAACAAGAGAAGGAGCUACAACAAAAGGAAUUGCAAAUUGAUUCACUUCUGCAACAAGAGAAGGAAUUAUCUUCUAGUCUUCAGCAGAAGCUCUGUUCUUUUCAAGAGGACAUGAUGAAAGAGAAGAAUCUAUUUGAGGAAGAAUUAAAGCAAGCUCUGGAUGAACUAGAUAAAUUACAGCAGAAGGAGGAAAAAUCUGAAAAGUUGAUCAAACAGCUGGAAGAAGAGACAAAAGCUAGAGCUGAAGAACUGAAACUUCUGGAAGAAAAGCUGAAGGGGUUUGUAUUAAUAGGACUUUACACAUAUGACCUCAGAUUUUACAAAGUAUUUUUCCAGAACAUUCUCGGGAUUCUCAUAUCAAUCAUGCAAGUGAGUGAGGUUAGAAUUAUUUUGCAAGUAAGGAGAAGUAAGUACAUGCAUAGGAUGUACAUAAGUUACAAAGUAUUAACAGCUAGUGAGAUAGAAGAUCUUAAGCUGGAGAACUCAUCACUUAAGGAAAAAGUGGCCAAGGCCGAGAAAAGUGCAGAGGAUGUUCGGCAUCAGAUAUUGGCAACUGAGAGCUCAAAUCAAGAAUAUGCAAGGAUGCUUCUAGAUCUGCAGACCCGAGCAGCACUUAAAGAAGCAGAAAUUAAAGAAAUCACAGUUUCUUCUCUCCAAAAAAUAAGUGAUUUGGAGAACCAGCUCAAGCAACAAGGUGAAGACUUUAAGAAGCAGCUGGAAGAGGAAGCAGCAAGAAAAGCUGGAAAGGAAAAUACAGUGGCAGAGUUAACUGAGGAAAUGAAUAAGUGGCGUCUCCUUUAUGAAGAGCUAUAUAAUAAAACGAAGCCUUUUCAGCUACAACUGGAUGCAUUUGAAGCAGAGAAACAGGCUUUGUUGAAUGAACAUGGUGCAGCUCAGGACCAACUAAAUAAACUAAGAGAUUCUUAUGCUAAAUUAUUGGGCCAUCAGAAUCUAAAGCAAAAAAUCAAGCAUGUUGUGAAAUUGAAAGAUGAAAAUAGCCAACUCAAAUCGGAGUUGUCAAAACUCCGCUCUCAGAUUGCUAAAAUAAAGCAAAGUGAGAGAAACCUUCAGGAGGAGUUGAAUAAAGUUCUCGGCAUCAGACGCUUUGAUCCUUCAAAGGCUUUUCUUCAUGAAAAUAAAGAAAAUUUUGUUCUGAAAACCCCAUUUAAAGAAGGCAAUACAAACUGCUACUGAGCUCCUAUGGAGUUUCAAGAAUCAUGCAAGUAAAGAUCUGAGAAACCAAGUUGAAGAUUAUUUUAUUCUUAUUCUUGUUGUUGUUGUUGUUAUUGUUGCUGUUAUUGUGAUGUUUGUAAUCGAUACUUUAAAAAUGUAUUUAAUAUUAACUUCCUAUUUUUAGGUAUCUGAAAGCAGGUUCAAUGUUUUUACCCAUAUGUCUUCUGACAUUUUAUUUUCUCGUCAGUACCUCCUCCCUGAUGUUCAUUUUCGUCACUUCAUUGUAAACCUUCUGCUUGGCUUUCCAGCUUUACAACUCGUCCCAGCAAUCAGCCUUCCUUUAAAAAUCACUUUUAUGUUAUUACGCCCCUAUUCUAAAACUAAAGGUGGUUUCAAGAUUCUAAUACCCAGUUUUUUAGUUUGAUCCUGGGUGGCUUUUCUGAUCUGAAUCUCUUAAGCUAAGACAAAAUACCUUGGCUUGUUCUUGCCUCUACAUUUAUUCUCUUAAAAAUGUUUAGUGUGUUUUACCCAUCGCCCAUUUAUCCAGUUCAAGCAAGAAGUAAGGGCAGGCUUAAUUCCAUAGUCAUCUCUUAUCAGAGUCACUGAGCUGGUCAAUAAUUUGCAGAUUUCUAGACUGUAUCCCAGCCCUACUAAAUUAAAAUCUGAGUUUUGGGAUGAAACAAAUCUGCAUUUGAAACAAACUCUGCAGUUAAUUCUUAGAUGCGUAAAAAACCUGAGAAACACUAAAAAUCUGAAAUAACUUUUAUUUUGAGAGGCUGUUUAUUAAAGCUGGGAACAGUGAAAUAAGGAAGGGUUUAGGACGGAAGAAACAACAGGAGAGCCUCAGCAGGGCUGCUUUGGCUCAUUGAGAAGUCAGAGGAGAGGGGCCCUUGGGGCAGGUGCAGGGGGUUAGCCCAGGACGAGUUGUUGCUGCCCACUGCGCCCCUGGUUGCAAGCUUCAUGGGGACCCUUCGAGUUUAGGAGAUGCAGGCCUGUGUGAAGAAGAGGGGGAAGGGAAAGGCACCAGCAUGCUCCUAGGAGGGGGAGAGCACUUAACUAAAUAGAAUUUUUCUUCUAUUGCUUGGCAUCGGCCUGACUACUGGAUGUUGGGUUAGUAUUUCUGAAAUGUGAAAUAAAGAUCACACAUUAAAUCAU